AUUAUCCCUCAUUUGGAUAUUGUCUUUGAGUUGUCUGUUGGCAUGAGUACCAACAACAACUGGCAAGAAACUUUAAAAGAUGGAAGGCAUCUGUUGCCUUCACAUAUACGCCCUGAACAUUAUCAACUAACCCUGGAGCCUUUAUUGGAGAAUUCAGAAGCAGCAAUCGAAGGAAAGGACUUGAAUUUCUUGGGCAAUGUAGUCGUUCGUCUGAAAAUCUUGCAAACGACCAAUCUGAUAACCCUACAUUCGAAAGAUUUGGAGUUAACCAAAGUAUAUUGUAUCUUUAAUUCCUCAGAAACUGUACCUGUCUCCGACGUUUCCUAUGACAAAGAGCAACAGACUGUAAGCUUGGAGUUUCCCAAGCCGUUUGAAGCUUCUAGUGAAGUAACUUUAUACAUUGAUUUUAUUGGCUUUCUUAACGACAAGAUGGUUGGCUUCUAUCGAGCUAAAUAUAGGACGAAAGAUGGAGAAACCCGUUUUAUGGCAACAACUCAUUUUGAACCUACAGACGCUAGAUGUGCCUUUCCUUGUUGGGACGAGCCAGCAGUCAAGGCAACAUUUGAAGUUACUUUGAUCGCUCCAGCCGAUAGAGAUUGUCUUAGCAAUAUGAACGUCAUUUCAGAACAGUACAAUGACGCUGGAAAGAAAGUUGUUCGUUUCGAGAAAACUCCAAUCAUGUCUACCUAUUUAUUGGUAUUCAUAGUUGGAGAAUUUGAUUAUAUCGAAGGAUAUACGACAAAUGGUUUACCUGUUCGAGUUUAUACUGCGAAGGAAUCAGCCCAUUUAGGUGAAUUUGCACUGAAUGUGGGAAUUCGAACUUUAAACUUCUUUACUGACUUCUUUGGAAUACCUUAUCCGCUACCGAAGAUGGAUUUCGUAGCCAUACCUGACUUUGGCAGUGGAGCUAUGGAGAAUUGGGGUUGUAUCACCUUUCGAGAUAUGUUAUUAUUAGUUGACCCUAUGAAUACAUCUUCAGAAAUAAGAACUAUUGUUGCAGAAGUUGUCGCUCAUGAAUUGGCUCAUCAAUGGUUCGGAAACUUGGUUACUAUGGAGUGGUGGACUCAUUUAUGGUUGAAUGAAGGCUUCGCUACUUGGGCAGCUUACUUAGCAGUUGAUCAUUUAUUUCCUGACUGGGAAGUUUGGAAGGACUUUGUUAGCUCAACCUUUGCUUCAGCUUUGAAGUUAGAUUCAUUAGCGUCUUCCCAUCCUAUUGAAGUAGACGUGAAAAAGGCUAGUGAUGUUAACGAAAUAUUCGAUGCAAUAUCUUAUAAUAAGGGUGCUUCAGUGAUACGAAUGUUGGCAGAUCAUAUGAGCCUCUCCUCGUUCCAACAAGGCCUACAAGUCUAUUUGAAACAAUUCCUUUACAAAAAUGCAACCACUAAUGACUUAUGGAAAACUUUGGAACAAGUUUCUGGAAAACCUAUCGUACGUAUCAUGAGUCUAUGGACAAGACAAACUGGCUAUCCCUUGAUCGAAAUAAAACUGAAUGAAAAGAAGGAGUUUAUACUUGAACAAAAGCGUUUUCUGGCAAAUGGAAAACCUGCAGGUGGUCAAUGGACAGUGAUGUUGCGCUACAUUGUUUCCUCUUCACCUUCUCAAGUGAAAUGUCGCUUGAUGGAAGGUCCUCAAGAAGAGCUGAAUCAUGUGCUGGGGAAACAAGACAAAUGGCUGAAAGUAAAUGCCUACCAAUCCGGUGUAUACAGAGUCAAUUACCCACAGUUUGUAUGGGAAGCUUUGAGUGAAGCAACAAAGAAUGGCGAGUUAGAUGCCAUGGAUCGUUUAGGACUUUCAAUGGAUUCCUUUGCCCUUGCUAGAAGUGGUUUUUUGCCGACUUCAACUGCUUUGCUGUUGAUAUGCUCAUUUAAAGACGAAACCGAAUAUGCUUGUUGGGUAAAUUUGUUGUCCAAUUUUGAAGGUCUUUCACUAGCAUUUGGGACAAAUGAUGAGCAUUGUAGUCAGUUAUUGAAUCGUUUUUUUUGUCAUAUUUUACGAGGUAUUGCAUCUCAGUUGGGUUGGAAAAGAAAGGAGGAUGAGCAGCAUUCCAUUUCCUUAUUACGUCCAAAGGUACUCCAGGCGUUGGUAGAUUAUCAAGAUUCUCAUACUAUUGAAAUUGCCAAAAAGCAUUUUAAUAAAUAUGUUGAGGAUCCAAAUAGCGUGGACACAGAUUUACGGAUAGUAGCUAUGGCUGCUGCUGUAUCACAGGGAGGAAGAGAAGAAUAUGAAAAAGUGAAAGAAAUGUAUGAAACCUUUACUUUAAAUGAAGAGAAGGUUCGUUGCCUAAGAGUGUUGGGUCGCAUUCCUGAUCCGCAGUUGGCUGAAAAGAUGCUAGACUGGAGUUGGAAACAUGUAAGACCUGGAGACUUUAUGUUUGCAUUAUAUUCGCUUGCAAUGAAUCGACACAAGGGUCCACAACUUGUUUGGCAUUAUAUGCAGACGCAUUGGAAUGAUUUGUUAGAGAGAUAUGGAAAUGGAGGAAAUCAUAUGUUGAGCAACUUGAUACGUGCCAGUACUAGUCGUUUGAGUAGCAAAGAAGACGCGCAACAAGUCGAAACAUUCUUUCAUGAGAAUCAGGUUGAGGGCUGUGAAAGGAUUAUCGAACAGAGUAUAGAAGAGAUAAAUGUAGUAGCGUCCUGGUAUCAACGUGAUAGAGAGAAUAUCUUAAGUUGGUUGAACAAAUACUUGAAUGAAUAAUUGGUUUGAAUCCGAAAGUUGGCGUCGAUCUUAUCGACUUUUUUUUUGGG